CUGAGAGGAUCUGCGAUUGGUUGGGAGAUGGCCGACAUCAUGGAGCUGCGGACGGAUGGAAACUCGCUUCUGAAGGCAGUGUGGCUCAGACGCUUGAGACUCACCCGGCUCCUGUUAGAAGGAGGUGCCUAUAUCAAUGAGAGCAAUGAACGAGGAGAGACGCCACUCAUGGUGGCCUGCAUGUCCACGCACACCGACCAGCAGAGUGUGAGCAAGGCAAAACUGGUGAGGUAUUUGCUGGACAACCAGGCAGACCCGAACAUACAGGACAAAAUAGGCAAGACAGCUCUGAUGCAAGCCUGCAUCCACAAGGCUGGACAUGAGGUGGUGGAUCACCUGCUGAGCAACGGAGCUGAUCCGAGUCUGGAGGACAGGAGUGGAGCCUCAGCCCUGGUCUAUGCCAUCAAUGCAGACGAUAAGGAGACACUGAAGCUGCUCCUGGAUGCAUGCAAAGCCAAAGGCAAGGAGGUCAUCAUCAUCACCACAGACAAGUCACCUUCUGGUACGAAAACUACCAAACAAUACCUGAAUGUUCCCCCAUCACCAGAGCUGGUUGAGAAGUCCUCCCUAGCAUACUGCACCUCUCCCUCUGAUAUUGUUGUUAGUGCAUCUCCCAAUCCUGAGCAAGAGCAACAAAAUACGGUCUUCAGUUUUCAGACAAAGCUGAAAACGUCUAGUUCCGCUGCGAAGCUUGCCAGCGGGCCCACGUCUCCAACACGGCGGCCUGUGAACCCCAAACGUGCACGUUUGCCUCAGCUGAAAAGGCUGCAGUCGGAGCCCUGGGGGCUAAUUGCCCCCUCAGUCCUGGCUGCAGCCGCUGCCCAAGAGGAGAGCAAGAAAUCCAGCUCUGAUGAGGAUGUUGUUUCAGGGGUAAAUGGACUCUCUCUGAGUAAGAGAUCGGUUUUAUCUCGACAGAACAGUGUGGAUGGGAAGGAAAGUUUAUUCCCACUGGUAGGUGAACAGGCCUGCAAAAUGACAACAUCACAGUCGGGUCCUUCAUUGUCUAAGGCAUCAUAUGAGAGGUCUCUAAACCAGCACCAGCCCCUGGCACGGCGCAGUACUGUACCCGCAGAGCAGGACAGCAGCAGCUGCAGCAGUGGAGUAGCCAAUCUGAGAGACACAAUGCACAGGAGACGUCUGGGGAACGAUCAUUAUGAUUCAGACUCACAGCUCUAUUCAGACUCUGCGAUGUUAGACUCUCCUAAGGUCCCAGUGGAGCGAAGAAAGCUAAACACUUCUCCUCUAGCAAUGCUGACCAGCUCCAGAGAGUCUCUUGACAGCAACACCAGCACAUCCUCUCCAAGCACAGCACGCAGGCGUGCGCCCGGCCUCCUGGAGAGGAGAGGCUCGGGCACACUGCUGCUGGACCACAUCUCUCACACCAGGCCUGGCUUCUUGCCCCCUCUCAACUUCAACCCCAACCCCCCCAUCCCUGACAUCGGGGCCUGCAAGCCCUCCUCACCUCUCUCCACAGGUAUUAGAUCUAUAGCUCCAGUAGCACCGAGCACACCAAAGAGAGGCGGCCUCCAUUCCAAGAAGAAACUGAUAAGAAGGCACUCUAUGCAAGUGGAGCAGAUGAAGCAACUUUCGGAUUUUGAAGAGCUGGCUCAUUAGUUUGUGACGUGAUUAUGCAGCACGGUUUGUGGGAGUAGAGGUGUUAACUUGUCAAAAAGUACGUUCACAGGUUCAGUUCACUCAGCCGUCUAGAUAUUGAAUAAUGUAUCAUUGAGAUUUUUAAACACACAGAUAUAUAUUUACAUAUAGGCUAUAGAUAUAUAUAUGUACAUGUUUGUGUGUUUUUGUACUUGUACUUAGAUCUUUGUGAGGAUCCUUUUUGAGCCCAGAUCUUACCGAUUGAGGACAUCUCAGCUGGUUGUUGCUGUUAAUGUUAAAGGGUGAAGACUUGCUUUCAGGUUUAGAGUUAGAAUUAGAUGAGAUGGUUAAAGUUAUGGAAAGUGGCUGGAAAAUACAUCAUACCAAUGGGUUUCCUCACUAUGAUAGAAGUACACGAAUGUGUGUGUAUAUGUGUGUUUGUGUUUUGAAACUGAGCAAUAUAGAUAGAUUUCCUCUCUGUGCUAACCAACCUGAAGGAUGAUAAUCUUUUGACUUCACAACAUCUGCUGUAUACGUGUUACAGUUUUGAAUGUAAAUGCCAAGACGUGGUACUUUUCCUCUGAUCUAGCUCUCUUACAUGAUAAUGUAAUAUGUAUGGAACACACAGGGUCCAUUUGUAGCCAGUCGGCCUCUUGGGUGCACUUUGUCCAUAUGUAAUUAGCACAAUUAAUGGACUUUCAUUGAAAAAGAACAAAACACGUGAUGCACUUGUCCGAGAUGUAGCUUUGAGUAACAUGAAAUUUGACUGUUUGUAGCAAAUUUGUACAAAGUGCCUUCAAGAUGAAGAAACUUAAACAAAAGAGUUGACAGAUACAUUUAAUGUAUUAAGAUUGUUUUUCAUAAAUGAUGAUGUAACCAAAAUGUGUUUUAUGUCGAUGUUGUUGGUUUCACAUGGAACAAAACGACCACUCAGAAUACAUGUGAUGUGAAUGGAUGAACUACAUGCCUUAAGAAACAGGUAAACCAAUGGGCUAUGUAUAACAGCACUUUAUCGCCCAGGAGGAAAAAAAAAAAUUACUCAAAAUGUUGCUUUUAACAGUGUUAAAAAACAAAAGCACAUGUAAUCCUUGAUGAGUUCAAGUAACACUGAAUGACAUUUGACCCCUCAGUCGUCGCAGACAUUGGUGAAACAUGUCAAUUGAAAUGUCAUUUCACGCUAAUGGCAAUCAAAACUAAAGAUCGUACAGCUUCCAUGUUACUUACCUGUGAAGCCUUGCUUCUGUUUAGGAAUUAAACAUGAUUA